GCUUCUCCCCCUUACCUCCAUCUACCCGCAACAAACACUUUGUCGCCGGAAAAACCUACGGUUCCGUCUCCUCCGAGGGAAUCGAAGACGGUUUUCAUGUCUUCGGUUGCGCUCUCUAACCCUAGCCUCUCUACUGCCUUCCUCAGCCGAAACCUUUCCUCUCGUCGAAAUCAGAAUGCAAAGAAAGGAUUGUGCUUUGGCGCCAUCUCUAGAGACCGGAGAAUCCCUAGAUGUGCAGUCGAUACUCCACAUGGAGGUAAUGUCCAAACUUUUCCCCGAAUCAGGGUUAGGGAUCCAUAUAAACGCCUUGGUAUAAGUCCUUAUGCCUCAGAAGAAGAAAUUUGGGGAGCACGUAACUUUCUCUUGGAACAAUAUGCUGGUCAUGAGAGAAGUGAGGAAUCAAUAGAAGCUGCUUUUGAGAAACUACUUAUGGCUAGCUUUGAACAGAGGAAGAAAACAAAAAUCAACUUGAAAAGCAGGCUAAAGCAGAAAGUAGAGGAGUCUCCACCUUGGUUUAAGAACUUGCUCAGUUUUGUGGAACUUCCUCCAAUGGAGGUUUUUCUCAGAAGAUUUUCUCUCUUUGGCUUAAUAGGUGUCUGGAGCAUCAUGAGUUCUGCUGACGGUGGACCUGCCUUUCAGGUAGCUAUCUCCCUGUUAGCUUGCAUCUACUUCCUAAAAGAGAAAACUAACAGCUUGGCUAGAGCUUCCAUUUUAGGAUUUGGUGCUCUUGCUGUUGGUUGGAUAUGUGGCUCCAUAUUCGUUCCCAUGAUGCCAACAUUUUUGUUUCACCCAACGUGGACACUCGAACUCCUAACAUCCCUAGUUGCAUACUUUUUCUUGUUUGUUACCUGUACUUUUCUCAAAUAAGAUCUUCAACCAUAUGCUCUUUCUCCAAACUUAAUAGAUCAUUUUUGCUCAACAUUACAUUUCAUGUACUCUGAUGAUCAUCCAAAUGUUUCUAGUUACAUUUAUCAUGAACUUUUGUUACCCGAGUUAUUUCCAUUAAGUGGAAACAUCGUAAAUGUAUACCAAAUUAAAGCUGCUGAAAGCAU